AUGACAAUCCUUGGCGAACCGUCUGCCGGCGUCGUGGUGCAUCAUCCCCAGCAGCAACAGCAACAGCAGCAGUUAGUAUCGCUACACCACCAGCUCCGGUCAUCGGCCGUAUACAACGGAACACAUGCCGAACUGUUAACAGCCGCUGGAGAAGGGAGUGACGUAGACAAUGGCAAUAUACAGGAUUUACUCAACGAUACAGAUUCCGAGCUUUCUUCUCUGUCCCAUCUUGAUGCUCCCAACGAUGUGCUGUAUAUGAUAUGUGGAGUCGUCAUCGCCAUGGUCCUCGUGGGCCUCAUCAUAGUUUUAGUUGCAGUUACAAUCAGUAAGCUGAGAAAGCGGGAAGAGUCGUCGACGGUGAGCCCGGUGACGGCGAACAAUGUGGAGGCGGCACCGCACCACCACCAACACCAUCAUCACCCGUUCAGUCACCACCAGCUUCAUCACAACGGAACCAGCCAUCCUCAGCAGAACCAGCAGAACCAUAGUAGCAGUAAUCACCACCACCAGCCGAAUGGCGGCAGCAGUCCGGAAACAGGCUACUCCGUGCCAACGCCGAUAGCCUUCCGGCAGAGUCCGUCUACUGUGUGGGUCUUUCCACCGUUACCACCGCAACCGAACAUCUACAACGCCAGUAGUCAGGACGCGUUAGUACAUAACGAGAAGACCGGCUUCAAGGGACUGAAACGUCAGCUGUCCGGUCGCUUCAAGCGUCUGGUAUCGCGGAAAACGCACGAACCUGCCCCAGUCAUACCGCCCGAGCUGAAACCCCAGCUCAAGACGAUCUACGUGUAUUAAUCAUAAUGAUUUCCAAACGGUUAGAAGCUAAGUGUCGUCUAGGUGCACACGGUGCACAAUUAUAAGCUAAGCAGAACCGGCGCUAGAGAUAUUAUGCUGGCGAACAAUGCGAUCCAUUGAUCGUUCUCUGCAAGCCUAGCCCCUAGGCUCUAGAUUUCCACCAUUCCUACUGGGUGAGGAUGAUCGAAAAUGCGUGUGCAUACAAAAACGCCAACGCGAUUUGUCCUAUUGUGUUUUUGGUUUUUUUUAAACUUACUCUCCAGCACGAGUCAGUAAAGCUCCUCACCAACACCUGUCGAGAGCAUUGAAAGUAGUGAGAGAUAUCAGCGCCUAGGCGCUUAAACUAAUUUAAUUUAUUAUCUGUUUUCUUGUACGCAAAUGCCCUCCAACACACUAUCCCACUCCCCAGCGCUUCCCGCUUCCGCUGAAACGAAACAGGACAGAAGUGAAAUUGCUCACUAAACAUCACCCUUUUAAUGCUUGGAUGUAAAACCAACGUUUUAGUACACAAGACAGAGCCAUUCCUGGCAUAGGAAUUAGAACAAACGUCCAGCGAGGCAAAAGGGAUCUAGUAUGCCACGAUUAAACGAUGGGGGAAAGGGCAAGAUGAAAAACAAAAGUCAUUCAAUAGGUGCGUGCGAAUUUCGCGUUGAGGUGCGCAGUUGCAGUUGGCAGGCGUAAAAAUUUAACUAUUUUUUAUUUUGGUGCUAAACCGAGUUGUGUAAUUGUUUAAGUUUCCAUUCCAAAACUACCACCCCACCCCUUCAAAACCCACCUGUGAUUGAUAAAGUUUGUGCAAAAAAAACAGGUGUAACAGAAGUAGAAAGAAGUAGUUGCAUACAGUUUUUGAAAAGAGCAAACGUAAAUGUUAACGCGUAUUAGUAUUUAUGAAGUUUUUGUUUUUAGUACGCGCGGCAACUGCAGCACGCAUCGACGGUUUGAACAUUCCAGCCCUAGCUAGAAUCGACACACUUUUUGUUUCUUUUUUUGCCACCCACCUGGAGGUACGGCUCUUCAGUUUUGCGUUUUUAGUAUGCUUUGCAUCCCACUUCUUCAGGAUCCUUGUCCUUUGUUCGAAAUUUCGUAACAGAUGUUUUUAAUAUUACGAUUUGUAAACAUUAGAAGAGAAGACUGACACGGAAAAAACAACAAGCACAAUUAAAUGUACAUCCACAAACACAUACAUGUCCCAGAAAUGCGAAUGGUGCCUAACUUC